AUGAGUUGCUUCUCAUGUUUUAUGUUGCAGAGAAGUAAGACAACGACAAGCAAGAGAGAUCAUGCAUCUCCAUCUGAUGAACACAAUCCAUGCAGAUUUCCGGAAAAUAAUGACCAAACUAACCAAGUUCAAAAUGGAAAUAUUGCAACACAAAAUUUUAAUUUCCGUGAGCUAGCAAUUGCGACCAACAAUUUCCGCCAAGAAUGUCUAUUGGGCGAAGGUGGAUUUGGAAGAGUCUAUAAGGGGAAGCUUCAGGCAAGCGGGCAGGUGGUGGCAGUAAAGCAACUUGACAGAAACGGAUUGCAAGGAAGCAAGGAAUUUCUUGGGGAGGUUUUGGCGCUAAGCGUCCUACACCAUGAAAAUCUAGUCAAUCUCGUAGGAUAUUGUUGUGAUGGAGAUCAACGGCUUUUGGUGUAUGAAUACAUGUCAGGGGGUUCUUUGGAAGACCGUCUCCUUGGUAUGGGACCAAAUCAGAAACCAUUAGCCUGGUUUGCAAGAAUAAAAAUUGCCUUUGGCGCCGCUAAAGGAUUAGAGUACUUGCAUGAGAAAACCAACCCACCAGUAAUAUAUCGUGAAUUAAAGCCCUCAAACAUCUUGUUGGAUGAAGAUUUUAACCCAAAACUCUCUGAUUUCGGUUUGGCAAGACUUGGCAUUCUUGGAGAUAAGAUACACACAUCAUCAAGGGUGAUGUGCACGUAUGGCUAUUGUGCUCCAGAGUAUACAAAGACAGGUCAUCUCACAUUGAAGUCAGAUGUAUACAGUUUUGGAGUUGUUUUACUAGAGUUAAUCACCGGAAGAAGAGCCAUUGACACCACCAGGCGGAUAGAAGAGCAAAAUCUAGUUGCUUGGGCACAAUCCUUAUUCAAGGACCGAAAAAGGUUUCCAGAUAUGGUGGAUCCGCUUCUUAAAAAUCAAUUCCCUGAAAAAGAUCUGGAGCAAGCGGUUGCAAUAGCAACCAUGUGUUUGCAGGAGGAAGAAGCAGUGCGUCCCUUUAUGAGUGAUGUUGUAACUACUCUAAGUUUUCUUUCUGUAACUCCACCAGAGAACAUCCCUACUUCUCUUUCACAGCCCACCACGCCUUUAGAAAGCAAAAAUUGUCAGGAUCAUCACAACCAAGAUAGCUCACAUGGUAGUUCAGAUGAUGAAGAUAGUGACAGUUCAUAUCAUGAGCAUAAAGAUGAUUCAAAGCAUGAUCAUGAGGGUGGAAUCAACUCAGAUAGUGAAGAUGAACACCCAGGAAGUUUUGUUAUGGAGGCUCAAGACUCGCUUUCCGGCUCAAGCCACAAAAGCGAAAGAGAUUCUUGGAGGCACAAAGGAAGCUUUGGAUCACAUGAAGGAAUUAGUGUGUCAUCCUUGUCAAGCCACAGAAGCAGUGAGGUGUCAGAAAAAGGAAUUGCUUAUGGCCGCAAAAGCAGCAAGAGAAGAAAUAGAAAAUCUGGUGAUAAUGGAAGUGUUUUUUCAAGCAACAACAACAGUGUUUCUUCUCGUGGCAAUAGUAGCAGUGGAUCCAAAAAUGGGAAUAUUUGUGUUUACUUAGACCAUAAUAACAGCAGGGGAUCACAAGAUGGAAGUCUCUAUUCAUCAUAA